GCGCGCGCUCGCGGCGCGUGUAGACGUAUUUAAGCGGGUUCGCAAAGCGAAUUUCAGUGUCGCAUUUACGGUCAUGAUAAGGGCGCGAUCCUUUUCUUCCUUAUCGCGAGUGUAGAGCGAGGCCUUCUCGCGUGCGACGCUGCAGGACAGCAGGUUGUCAAACUCGCAACGAGUUUCGAGCCGAAGGUGGAAUGACUUUUAAGGCCAAAGUGGGGCGUGCUGUCGCCUGAGAAGGACGAGGAACUGUCACUGUCAAUUACGGAAGAUGGCCAUACACCUGUACACUUAUUUAACAGUUUAUUGAAUCAUAACGUUUUAUGCAGUAAGAAUGCAUUUUUCCAUUCCUGACACUCAAGAGAUCAUCGACAGUGCAGGGAAUACGUACUUGGGUUACAAUAUCCAUAUAAAUGGAUUGUUCCACUGUACCGUUAGGUACAGACAGUUGCACAAUUUGCACGAACAGAUAGUAAAGGAUUUCGAUGUACAACUUCCUCCGUUUCCUCCUAAGAAAUUAUUUCCCUUGACGGUCAAUCAACAGGAGGAACGUCGGCUUCUAUUGGAGGAGUAUAUUCAAGCUGUCGGACAGAACUCCAGUAUUAAUUGCUCAGAAUUGUUAACUGGAUUUUUACUAAAUGCACAAGAAGAGACGCUGGGCGUUUCCCUGGAAAAUGAAAAGCUCAAUAUAUAUUUUAUGAAUGACUGUAAAAUUACGUUACUCGUCUCUACAAGAGAACACUCAGGCCAAAUUUUAAAGAAAAUCUGCAGACACAUUAAGCUCCCAGAAUUGUAUGACUCUUAUUUUUCAUUGUUUAUUACUGUAUUGGAAGAAGAUGGAACUUUGAAAUAUUUAAGGAAACUCCAGAACUUCGAGUCCCCAAUGAUAACCCAGAAGAAUAUGCGUAUCAUUGGUCACAGAGUGACAUUUGGAAAGAAUUAUUGGGACACUGAAUAUGAUUAUGAAUUAAUGCAUGACCCUGUUGGUCUUGAUUUGCUUUACAUUCAAGCAUCUGCAGAAGUAGACAAAGGUAAUAUCUUCGUCCCUGAUAACCUACAAGAACGUCUCAAGCAACUUGGAGAACGUGGUGAGCAGAAAGAAUAUCUGAAAAUAGUUCGAUCGAUAAAGUAUUAUGGAUACCUUCAAUUUGCACCAUGCUCUUGCGACUAUCCUGAGCCUGGUACGAAAGCUGUAGUGGCUAUUGGAGGAAACGAACUAAGCUUACGUAUCUAUCUUCAAGAUGAAGAACGAGAAGCUCUUUUUAAGGUCACUCGAAUGAGAUGCUGGAGAGUGACGACACUGCACAAUCCUGAAGCUAAUAAAGACGGUGACAGUAGUGAGCGUAAUCACGAAUUGUCCUUCCAGUAUUUGGUAGCAAGGAAUCAAUUGCAAUGGAUAACGAUCUCUUCGGGUCAAGCUAUUUUGAUGUCGGUCAGUUUGCAGGCGAUGAUCGACGAGUUAUUAUUAAAGAGUGCUGGACGGGGCAAGAGCGUGCCAAGGCCAUCACGAAAAUCAUGGACGUAUAUUACUCGAGAUGGGCACUUACGAGUACUUUUAAAUUCCUCGUCACCUGAUGACGGAAUUAAAGAGGACGAUACUGACUCCACGGUAAGAGGAGAAACUUUGGUAAAAAAGCUUGUUGAAAAACCACCAGCUGUAAAAGCACGAAAGCCCAGUGAUAUCAUGGAGAAUUAUGCAUUCGACACAAUAGGAGACGAUGAUCUUUAAAUUUCCUAAGGGGAAGAACUUAAUAUUACGAGAAUAGAUUAUAGUUUUCUACGUACACUGAGAUUUUGACUUGACACAAUUGAAGCAUUUUUACUAGCUGACGUUUUUAUCUUCGACUAUUUUUGUAAAAUAUAAAGCACGAGAGAUACACACGAGUGAUGCAUGUGUGGAGGUUACCGAAUGUUGCAUAUCGCCAGAAUGUAUCACUAUUAAUUACUGGUAUAGGCUUCACUCCGAUUCCACCACAUGCAUUUAAAGCCUUGUUCAUUUUACAUAUCAAUAGAAUACUAUGGGUAUACGAUCACCCAUCAUAUAAUUUCUGAGGUGGCAAACUAUAAUUAACGGCUACUUAAAUUAAAGGGGAAAUUUUCGACAUGCAAAUAUUUGUAAAGGAAAUUGACAUCGAUCUGCACAUGCAGUGUCGUUUUUGAGAUUUAAACUUUAUAUUCAAACGAUAAUACAAUUUAAUUUUUUUUUGGCUUGGUACAUAAAAUUCACUGCACUAUUUUAUAUUGAGAUUUCGAUUAUCCGUCCAAAGACUUAAAUUACAAACUUAUGCACGAAAUGAAGCAGAUUAUUCUACACUCCGUUCCGACAAGGAAACCAAAAAUAGAUAUAAUUUGAUACAAAUUGUUUAAAGCCCUACGCUGUUCGUACUAGCAUUGUACUUAUUUACAGGUAAAUAAUACCUAAUGAUAAGCUAAUGCAGCAAUUAACAAAGUAAUGGAAAAUAACUUUUAUACUGUAGAUAUACAAGAGGGGGAAGAAAUGCCCGAGGAGGUACAUUGUACAGCCAGGUUUUAUUAGUGAAAAAAUAAAAAUUGUAUUCCUACCGUCACUCUGAAAUA